AGAGCAACUGGUAACAUGGAAUGCAUCUCGGAAGGGGACAGCUGAACUCUCCCUCUGGCUUUAGUGAGGAAAGAGCAGCGAUGAAAUCCGUGGACCGUGUGCAUGUCACCCAACAGAAGGAUACCACCUUCUCUGCCCUCCCCGGCACUGCUUCAGGCACUACAGGACUUUCUUCUGUCACAUUCCUGUGGUUUGCAAUGCUCCUGUCCUCUUGCCUUGCAGCAGUGUCUCUUUACCAUGUUGUCACCCUGAAAACAGAACUAGAAGCUCUGCGCAGUGAGCUGAUCUACAGGGUUGAGGCAAGGUCUCCGCUAGACUUGCCACCCAUGUCCCCUGAUGAAAAUAAAGCAAGUACCCCUGUUCCUUCCUUCCUGCAAGUGUCUGCAGCUGGUACCAGGCAGGAGAACAGGCUUCCUGGUCCUGUACCAGCUGAAAGCUUCCAAAAGGAAAUCUGGACUGGGAACAGAAACAGGUGGAGAAGGUCUGUUGUCCACACAGAAGAAACAGUGCUGCAGGCCUGCUUGCAACUGAUCGCUGACAGCAAAAGUGAUAUUCAACAGAAAGAUGAUUCAAGCAUUGUCCCUUGGCUUCUGAGCUUCAAACGUGGAACAGCUCUGGAAGAACAAGGAAAUAAAAUAGUGAUCAAAGAAACAGGAUAUUUUUUCAUUUAUGGCCAGGUUUUAUAUACGGAUACAACAUUUGCUAUGGGACACCUAAUACAGAGAAAGAAGGCCCACGUGUUUGGUGAUGAUCUCAGCUUGGUGACAUUGUUUCGCUGCAUCCAAAAUAUGCCACAGUCUUAUCCAAAUAAUUCUUGCUAUACUGCUGGCAUUGCAAAAUUAGAAGAAGGGGAUGAACUUCAACUUACAAUCCCACGGAGAAGGGCCAAAAUAUCCUUGGAUGGAGAUGGUACUUUUUUUGGUGCAGUUAGACUCCUCUGAAGCCCUUCAUUUUUCUUAUUAUGCUUAAUGCAGUUUUCUUCUUUUCCUGUGCCUUUAUCAGAGAAAUAUUGAAUUGUAGUAAAGCUGCCAGUUCAGACUCUUCCGAUCCACCAUCAGCUUCUGAAAACUUUUCCUCGGUUUAAUAAGAGAACCCAAAACGGGAAACACACCAGACAGUUGUGAGAUAUCACCAUCAUGUGAUUACCAGAAAGAAAAUUUAUUUUAGGCAAUGAGAGACUCUAAAAAACAAUUGUAAAGCAAUGGGUUUUGGGCUUUGAAACAAUAUCCCAUCCAUAAGGCAAACCAUAGAAGGAGCUGACCAAAAAGUAUAGCAUAAGCAGGACCACUGACUAUUAAAUGAUCAUCUGUAACUGUAACUGAAAAGAAAAACAAUUACAUCAUAGAUUUGCUUUGUUUCAUUAAUAAAAUAUUUGAAGUAUGAAGUAUGUGGAAGAAACACCAAACAGGUGAUUCCUUAUCAGAAAAUGGAGGUGUCAAGUGGGUUCUGGGUUCUUCGUUUUUUCUUUGUGAUUUUGGGUAAGGAAAGUCUUAAUGUAUGGGAUAACAGAA